AUGGCUUUCCUCUCUCUAGGUCUGUUCCUUAUGGUCCUCUUCCAUGGCUGCACCGCCCAGUUCAGCCCUCAUCAGAAUCAAUGGCAGGCCUUAGGCGGUGCCCAAAGACACAGGCUCCAGGCAAGAACCAGCUGCGACAUAGACCGCAUCAGCGCCCGCGAGCCCAACCGCAGGUUCUCUGCCGAAGCCGGAGAGACCGAAAUCUGGGACCUAGAAAAUGAAGAGUUCCUAUGUGCAGGUUUUGUAGCCAUCCGCUACACCAUCCAGCCACGUGGACUUCUCUUGCCAUCCUACACAAAUGCCCCUCAAAUCUCUUACGUCAUUCGAGGCAAAGGUAUCCAAGGGGCUGUCAUUCCAGGCUGCGCUGAGACAUUCGAAUCCAGUCAAGAAUCCGGUUUUCCCGACCGCCACCAGAAGGUUAGAGAAAUCCGACAAGGUGAUGUUUUGUCUGUCUUUCCCGGAAUGACAACAUGGGCCUUCAACAACGGCGAGAACCCUCUUGAGUUGAUUUCGCUUCUCGAUCUCAGCAACGAUGCCAACCAGCUCGAUCUCAAGAUCAGAAAAUUCUUCUUGGCCGGAAACCCAUCGGCGGCGAGAGGAGAAGAGCGCCACGGAGCCCAGACCAAAGAAGCCGGCAACGUUUUCAAGGGAAUAGACGAGAAAUUCUUGUCUGCCAUUUUCAACGUGGAUGUUGACACAGCAAGGAAACUAAAGGGAGAUGAAGAUAACAGAGGCAAUAUCGUCCGAGUUGAGAAAAACUUUGAAGUUGUAUGCCCUAGUUACCAGGGAGAGGAAGCCGAAAUGAGAGAGAGGAGACACAACGGUCUUGAAGAAACCGUUUGUACCAUGAAGCUGAGUCAGAACAUCGACAGUGCUCGUCGCGCUGACGUGUACAACCCACGUGGCGGACGACUCACCACCCUCAACUCUCACCAUUUCCCCGCACUCAACACGAUCCAACUCAGCGCCGAGAGAGGUGUUCUUUACAGGAAUGCUAUAUUGGCUCCAUACUGGAACGUGAACGCGCACAGCAUGGUGUAUAUACUACGUGGGAGCGGGAGGAUGCAGAUUGUGGGUAGCAAGGGAACAGUUUUCGAUGAACAGGUUAAGGAAGGACAGAUCGUGGUGGUGCCACAAGACUUUGCUUCCAUUAAGAAGGCUAGCCAAGAUGGCUUGGAAUGGAUCGCAUUCAAGACUAGUGCCAAUGCCAUGACUAGCCCCAUAGCCGGGAGGUUGUCUGUUUUCAGGGGACUGCCCGUGGAUGUGCUGAUGAAUUCUUAUGGAAUCUCGAGGGAAGAGGCUAGGAACUUGAAGUUCAACAGGGAAGGUUUGAAGGUGUUUGGACCUGGAUCCGCCACCAGAUCAUGAACUAGGGUUUAGGG